AUGGCUGGUGUAAAACGUCGCGUUGACAGCGCUGAGGACCGCAAUGGAAAGCGGAGCAAGCAGCAGGGUUCCGCGCCUGUGAAGAAGUCCAAGUCCGCCGCCCCGGCGAAGAAGGGUGCUAAGCCCGCUAAGAGCGACAAGAAGCCCUCGAAGAAGCGGGUCCAGGAGGAAUCCGAGGAUGAUGACGACUUUGAUAUCGACGAUCUUUCGGAUUCGGGCGAUGACGAUUUCGGUGCCCUUGACGACUCCCCCGAGGAUGAUGUGGAUAUGGAGGAUGUGAGCGAAGAGGAGAGCGAGGCGGGUGUCAAGGAGAAGAAGAGCUCUAAGCCGGAGUCAAAGAACGGUCAAUAUCAGAAGGAUACCGCUGAGGCGCCUAAGAGCAACAAUUCUCGCGAAUCGCAUAUCAAGCAAAAAGCCCUCCAGCAGGAGCGCAAGGCAGCCAAGCCCAAUGCCGAUAUUGUCGCCCGCUCGAAAAAGCUUUGGGAGCAACUGCGUCGCAAGUCCCAUGUGCCGCUGGAGCAGAGGAAGAAGCUGGUCAAGGAGCUGUUCGAGAUCGUCACUGGCCGCGUUCGGGAUUUCGUGUUCAAGCACGACUCCGUGCGGGUUAUCCAAACCGCGUUGAAGUACGGCAAUUUGGAGCAGCGCAAGCAGAUCGCGCAUGAGUUGAAGGGCACCUACACCGAGCUGGCGCAAAGCCGCUAUGCCAAGUUCCUUGUUGGAAAGUUGAUUGUGCACGGCGAUGCAGAGAUCCGGGACUUGAUAAUCCCCGAGUUCUACGGCAAUGUGAAGCGGCUCAUCCGUCACCCCGAGGGCUCGUGGAUCCUCGACGAUAUCUACCGCACCGUUGCGACUAAGGAGCAGCGACGACGGAUUCUGCGUGAGUGGUACGGCCCGGAGUUCGUCAUCUUCCAGGAUGACAAGGAGACUUCCGACCUGCCCAAGAUCCUCGAGGCCCACCCGGAGAAGCGGUCGUCCAUCAUGCGCUUCUUGCAUGAGCUCAUCAAUCAGCUGGUUCAGAAGAAGACUACUGGUUUUACUCUGCUGCACGAUGCCAUGCUGCAGUACUUCCUCAGCACGAAGCCGGGUAGCAACGAGGCCAACGAGUUCCUCGAGCUGCUCAAGGGCGACGAGGAGGGCGAUCUGGUCAAGAACUUGGCGUUCACUCAGUCCGGCGCGCGCCUGAUGUCCCUAGCGCUAGCCUACGCCAAUGCCAAGGACCGCAAGUUGCUUCUGCGUUUCUACCGCGAUACGAUUAAGGUGAUGGCCGGCGACGCGAACGGCCACUUGGUCCUGUUGGCCGCCUACGAGGUGAUUGAUGACACAAAGCUGAGCGGCAAGUCCAUCUUCUCCGAGCUCUUGAACCAGAAUGAGACAGAGGAGGCCCGGAACGAGGAGUUGAUCCUGCAGGUGAAUGACCUGACGGCCCGUAUCCCCGUGCUCUACCCCUUCGCCGGUGACCGGGUCAAAUGGCUGCUGACCGACGCGGACCAAGAGAUCCUCAAGGAGAUCCGCGAGGUCCGCAAAGAAACUUCCAAGAAAGACCCCGAGGUCCGCCGCCAGGAGCUGGUCAAGGCUGCGUCGCCGACUCUGCUCGCACUGAUCACCCAGCGUGCCGAGACUCUGCUGGAGACCACUUUUGGCUGCCAAUUCAUCGGCGAAGUCCUCAUGGAAGCCGACGGGGACAAGACCGAGGCCCUUACGGCCGUGGCCAACGCCGCCAAGGUGGAGUCCGAGAAACGCGACUCAGCCGCCUUCGGCCGCCUGCUGAAGUCCCUGGUGCAGGGCGGCCGCUUCAACCCAGCCACCAAGACGGUGGAGAAGGUCUCGCCGGCGCUGAACUUCCACGACCUCCUGUACGAACAGAUCAGUGGUGAGGUGAUGGAGUGGGCGACCGGGCCGAACACCUUCGUCGUGGUGGCGCUGGCGGAGUCGGACGACUUCGCGCAGAAGAGCGCAUUGCUGAAGACGCUCAAGAAGAACAAGAAGGCGCUGGAGCAGGCCUCGGCGUCGGGCAAGGGGGAGAAGAAGUCGGGCCCGGCGAGCAGCGGCGCGAAGCUGUUGCUCCAGAAGCUAUGA